ACGUUGUUUACACUUUGAGUGACAGUAUAGCUUAAAUGAAAUUGUGCUUAAACUUUAUUUGUGUUUGAUAUGUUUUGUUAUUUGAACUACUUGGACUGAUUUACUUUUCAAUCUAGUUAUAUGCAUAUAUUUAAUGGAAUAUUUUAUAAAACAAAAUACGUUAUAUAUUAAAACAAAAGGGAUUCAGUUUAAACAAAGAUUAACAAAAUGGCGACUGGUUCUUUGUGUACUGUCGCAAAACGUUCGCGCAUGGUUGAAGACUUUUGUUGUGACACUUGUGCAGAGCUGAAACUUCAAGAAUCUGCAGACAUUUAUUGCGAGACAUGUUUGAGGUUUUAUUGUAAAAAUUGUGUUAUGCACCAUAAUCCAUUGUUUCCAAAGCAUACGAUAUUUGACAGGGGAGGUAUUAGGAAAUGGCCAGUUCCGAAGGAGGUGCGGGAUUUUCUCACGAAGUGUGAAGUACAUGAGGGUAAAACACUGACGCAGUUUUGCCUUCACCACAGUUAUGUCUACUGCUCUGAUUGUGUUGUAGCAUCUGACAGCCAGUGCAGGGUAGUGAUUCCAAUAUCUGAGCUGACCAACACGGAAACCACUGACCUACAGGCAUUGUCUAUGGAGCUUGAAACUGUUCUGGGAGAAAUCAAAAGCCUACGAAGCAGCCAGGAGGCCAGUAUUCAGAGAUUGCAGAGAACAUACAAGGAACAUGGGGCUUUCACGAUAGAACAAAUGCUUGUCAAUAUAAAUACUACUAUAGAUGAAUGUGGUAAUAGUUAUUUGGGUACGUCUGAUGAAAAUCUGCAAUUAUACAUAAAAGAAGAAAUGUGUAGGGGUGUAGUAUCUAUAUUAAAUGUUUUUGAUGAAAGCACUGUGAAGGAACUGAACGAAAUGAAAGAGGAAGUUAUUAGCAUUAAAGAGUCCAUAACAUGUUCCAUUAAUAAAUGCACUGACCUUCAGAAUGACUUGACACAAUACUGUGAUAUCACGCAGAAACUUGGGGAUAAUAAAGAGCUGUGUUUUAUAUUCCGAAUAAAAAGUAAAAACCAAAUAGAACGGGCAUUGUAUGUGCUUGGUAAGUUAGACCAGUUGUUGAUAUGUGUCCAGGGGAAAUCUGAGAAAAAUGUUCGCAUAUCAAGUGAUUCUUACACACCUGAAAUCACAGCCAUAUGCGUUCUUCCAGAUGGACAGGUCAUUGUUGCAGACUUCAGUAAUAAUAAAGUUAAGCUCUUGAACCAGCAGUACCAGGUGGUAGGUUAUUUGGGCGUGUCUGCGUAUCCAUUGGAUAUGUGUCAAAUCACACCCAAUUGCGUUGCAGUGGCUUUGAAUGAUGGUGAUGAUACAACACAUGAGGUCCAAUUUAUCGCAGUUAACAACAGCAAGCUUCUGACAAGAAGGAAGUUUCAGCUACAGCAUGCUUGCACGGGUAUCGCCCACUACCAUGGUGAACUGUUCAUCUGCUCUGGUACUGUACUGUACAAGUACACACUAAGUGGGAAACAGGUAUUUCCACUGUAUGAGGUGAUACAAGAUGAUACAGAUAUCAGUUGCGCUGUGAGUCCCGCAGGGGACAGGCUGUACAUGGCAUGUCUACACCCCGAGUCAUUUCUCCUCACCCUGGCCAGUGAUGGAACACUCCUGUCUGUCUUUACAGAAUCAGACCUAGCGCCAACAUAUGUACAUGUUACCCCUGAAGGCCAGGUGUUGGUCUGUGCGCCGGACGGUAUAAUACAGGUGGACAGGGAGGGGGAGAGACAGCUGGACAUUCUGGUUCAGGAGGAAGAGGGUGGCCUGUAUGACCCACUGUCAGUCUGCUACAGCCGCCUCACAUCAUCUAUCAUUGUGGGACGAAAUGGGAAUAGCAUUCUGGUGUUCAGAGCGCUAUAAAUGUCUUGUAUAUUAAUAUAAUAUGUGAAGUUUUAUGCGUCUUAACUUGGAUUUGUAAAGUGGUGUUUUUUUAUAUAUAUUAUAUUAUAUUAUAGACGCGUUUUGAUAAUUGCAAAAAAAUGUAUUUUUGUACAAAUAUUUUUGUUAGGUAACACAAUGCUAAGUUAUUUUUUGACCAUCAGAAAUAAAUGUUAUAUGUAAUACAAUAUAACGUGCUAUUUUGUGAUAACAAUUAUUUUAUAAAUGUUUUUACUUGACAAUGUGUCAAAACAUGUGCAUGCAAUAAGAAAAGCACUUUCACUGUAAAUUAAAUAUAUGUACAUAGAUAUACAUGUACGUGAUACAUGCACUAUUUUUCGACUGUCAUUUCUACAUACAUAUUAGAAUUGUAUAUUGGUUUAUAACUUUAAAACAUUACAAAUUAAUUUAAUGUGGUAUGAAUACUAUUUAGAAGUUAAAUUUAUCAUGUGGGGUGAAAAGAUAAUUUUGUCAUUAAAACACCUUAUUUCUAAAAAUUUCUUAAGUUAAUUCGUAAAAUGUGCUUAUCUGCACUUCAUUUAUUUCAUGCAUUUAAUCUAGAAAAGUUUUUAUGGUUUACUUCAAAAUUUAUAAAUCUUUAUGUGAAGAGUUCAAUCAUUAAUCUUUUACUUAUAAAAUUGCUCAAUUAUUAAUUGAGAAGAGCAAAAAUAUAUAUGUUUAAAAUUGGUUUCCAAUGCAAGUAUACACUUUAUUAAAUUGAAGGCAGAGUAAUAUGUUUCUAAUAAAUUAUAAGAACAUUUAAAUCCCUAGUUAGAGCAAUAUUUUGAUACCUCUUAACAAGUCAAUUGUUACAUAUUUAAAAGUUUCUCUCUGAAAUAUACGCGCAGUUUUGCGUUCAUAUGAUGGUCAUGACUGAACAAUACAGAGGUAUAUUUGUUAGUCUAAUGAAUCAGGCAAAAGUUGAAAGUAUACAAAUGAUUCUCAUUGAAAGAAAGUAACAUAAUUAAUUGGUAAUAAAUUCAUUGAAUGUGUUUGGAACUCAUAGAAGUUUUGUAAUUCUGAUUAUUAUCAUUUUGUCGUAAGUUUCAUUGAACUUUAAAUUGCGAUAAUGUACUCUUGAACAAAUUAAAAUCUUAUUAAAUGUAAUCUUAGUGUCCUAUUUACAAUCAAGAUUGAUUUUACGCAAAAACAAAGCCACACCUCGUCUGUACGUAGGUACAGCUCAAGUUAAAUUCUAGGCAAAUGUGUAUGAUAAUUAUUAUUAUUUAUUUCACUAUGGUACAUAAUAUUAUCAGAAUCAUGACUUUUCUUGUGUUUGUCUUACACAAAUGUAAAUUUAGAAAUAGAAAAAUAUUGAUCACGUAUGUAUUAUUGCAUUGAGUAUUUAAUUGUUUGCUUCAUUUAGACUUUUGUUAAUAAUUAACGUUGUGAAAUUACUGUAAAUAAUACUUUAAUAAUGAAUGUUUUUCGAAAAUGUUAUGUAUAUAUUAACAUUAUUUUAACACAUUUAUGCUGUCUGAAUAAUUAAAUAUUUAUAAUUAUUGUCGUUGUUUUGUUACGAUAAAGCAUAUUAUACUUACUAAGUUAUGUUCGUCACCCAAUGCAUAUAUAAACAAGUGUUCUUUUAUAGAGAAGUAUACUCGCUUUUAUGUUGGUGAUGUAUAUUUGUUGAUCCAAGUUUGUUGUUUCACUCUUGUUAAUGUACAUAGCUAUUCAUGGAGUGGAAGUAUUGUUGUACGGUGACAAUUUGUUGCUAUGGCAAAUAAAAAGAACUAUAUGA